UGUGUAAUAUAGUACUUUUUAUAAGUAUAAAUAAUGUUAUAUUCAAAUGUAAAAAUUACUUCUUUUUACAGUACGAUGUAUCUCUGAACAAUAAUAUCAGACCCUCUGACGUACCUGCGACUCGAUUUCCGCUGUGGCAAUGUCAAUGACAAAAAGAUGAACAAUGGAAUAUUCAGACUUUUCUCCUUAUCUCGUAGCUUCCACAGUUCUCAGAUAUUACCACAUCAACCAUAUCUUCAAAACCAUGAUUUCAUUCCUCACUCUACCUUCUUAUCCAAUACUCUCCAGCAUUACAUUAAUUCCCAGACCCCUUCCCACGGCCAAAAGAUUCAUUCCCACAUUCUAAAAACUGGGUUUGUUCCAAAUACAAAUAUUUCCAUCAAGCUACUUGUAUUAUACUUGAAAUCUAAUUCUUUAAGAUAUGCACGCCAGGUGUUUGAUGAUUUGCAUGACAGAACUUUAUCUGCUUAUAAUUAUAUGAUUGGUGGCUAUCUCAAACAAGGACAAGUUGAUGAAUCACUUGGUUUGGUUCAUAGGCUUUUAGUGUCUGGUGAAAAGCCUGAUGGGUAUACGCUUUCAAUGAUUUUAAAGGCUUCUACGACUAGGGUUAAUGUUGCGAUGCUUGGUGAUCUUGGAAGAGUGGUACAUGCCCAGAUUCUUAAAUGUGAUGUUGAGAAAGAUGAUGUUCUUUGUACAGCAUUGAUUGACUCUUAUGUUAAGAAUGGGAGGGUUGGUUAUGGAAGGACUGUGUUUGAUGUGAUGUCUGAGAAGAAUGUGAUAUCUUCAACGUCGCUCAUUUCUGGUUACAUGAAUAAAGGCUGUUUCAUUGAUGCUGAAUGUAUAUUUCAGAAAACAUUGGACAAGGAUGUUGUGGUGUUUAAUGCUAUGAUUGAAGGUUACAGCAAAGUAUCUGAAUAUGCCAUGAGAUCUCUUGAAGUUUACAUUGACAUGCAAAGGUUUAACUUUAGGCCGAAUGUUUCUACGUUUGCUAGCAUAAUUGGUGCUUGUUCCGUGCUCGCAGCAUUUGAAAUUGGACAACAAGUUCAAACUCAGCUUAUGAAGACACUAUUUUUUGCAGACAUAAAAUUAGGAAGUGCCCUUAUAGAUAUGUAUUCCAAAUGCGGUAGAGUCGUAGACGCUCGAAGAGUUUUUGACCACAUGCUUGAGAAGAACGUUUUUUCAUGGACAUCUAUGAUUGACGGGUAUGGGAAGAAUGGGUAUCCUGAUGAAGCACUUGAGCUAUUUAGAAAGAUGCAGAUAGAAUACAACAUUGCACCCAAUUUUGUCACAUUCCUUAGCGCGCUCUCAGCUUGUGCACAUGCUGGACUUGUGGACAAGGGUUGGGAGAUCUUUAAGAGUAUGGAGAAUGGAUAUAAACUGAAGCCGGGGAUGGAGCAUUAUGCUUGCAUGGUCGAUCUGUUAGGACGGGCAGGGAGGCUGGAUCAGGCUUGGGAGUUUGUCACGAGGAUGCCUCAGAGACCUAAUUCGGACGUGUGGGCUGCUUUACUUAGUUCAUGCAGACUCCACGGUAAUAUAGAGAUGGCAAACUUAGCUGCAAAAGAGCUUUUCAAGCUGAAUGCUACCGGAAGACCAGGGGCAUAUGUUGCACUAUCUAAUACUUUGGCAGACGCAGGGAAAUGGGAUAGUGUAAGUGAGCUUAGAGAAGUAAUGAAAGAGAGAGGAAUAUCCAAGGACAUUGCAUGGAGUUGGGUUGGAGCCAAUAGUGCUUGUUAGUUCUUAUGAUGGAUUCAAAGAUGAACAACAUCAUUUUUUUUUUGGUCAAAUGACAUUAUCCCUUUUGAUUGCCAUAUUUCUUAGUUUCUGACAAUAAUGAAAAGAAAUAUAUGAAACAAGAUGAUCAAUGAAGUGGAGAAGCAACGGUGUUUCUAGGAGGUAAGUUGCAGAUACUAUGAUGGUUCAAGGAGGUUAAUCCUAAUUGACCAGAAAGAAGGGAAAAAAUUAAGCAGAAGUGUUGUCUAUUUUGAACAAGGUUUAAGUCAAGCCCUGUUGCUUAAAAGAAAAGUUUCCACGCUGUAGGAAGACAUCGAUUCUCACCAACCACCGAAUGAUUAGAAUGUUGAGAGACUAAAAACUUAAACUGAUUCAUCAUAUUCUUCUGGCGGACAGGCACAGAGUAGUUGUCUUUUGGCUAUGCACAGUGGUAAAUGGAUCAUGCAAAUUGAAUCCGUACGAUGAAAUAUAGGAUUUGGACUUUAAAAUUGGAGCUCAAAUUAUUCUCGAAGCAAUCCAUAUUAAGUUGGGGCUAGUUCGACUGGGUUGCGGUGAAAGAAGUAUACAAAUCAAUAAGGAUUUAGAUUGUUUUUUUAAUCUAAUCUAUGAAGUUUAUAAACUUCAUGAUCUCUGCAGUCAUAUAUAUUUUCAAAAUGCUUUUGGAUAGUUCUUAUAUUUAAA